AACUUCAUUUCUUUUUCUGGAAAGCUUCACUGUGUCACCAUGUUGUCGUCUGUGUUGCUGCUGCUGCUCAUCACCGGAGCUCAAGCUGCUUAUUAUGGUGCGGUCAUUACCAACUCUUUUGGAGACAUUCAGCCCUUUGUACUAACCUAUAACUUCAUAGAGAGCGGCAGCUCAUGUCAAGAGGUCGACAUUUGGCAUUGUGGUGGAAACUGUACCACUCCACCAUUUUAUGCAAUUGAUGAGAGCAGGAAUGAAUGGUGCCAAAAAACUGAAGUUCGUAUUUACACUACCUACGGCCCAAGAACAUUUGCAUACCAACAUUCGGUUGGUUCUUCAAACUGGAUAGAAAACAGAAAUGGGAUUGUAACACCAUCAUUAAAAAUAAGCAACGACUUCAGAAACCGUUCUGACAUCAGCAAACCGAACUCAACACCCCAGACCACCAUCCUCCCUCUAGUCAGAGUUCCUUCAAACUGUCAGAGAAACAUCAACCUGCUGAUCUCUGAUCCGGAUGGAGACGACAUUCGAUGCAGAUAUGCAGCUGGUCCAGAGUGUAACAUCUGCACUCCUCCAUCUGUCCUCAGUCUUUCAUCAUCUUGUUCUCUGUCAUUCAGUCCCACUAACAGCAGUGCUGAAGGUCCGUAUGCGGUUCAGAUGAUGGUGGAGGAUUUUCCCAGACAGACCAUCACUCUGACUGAUGGCAAUACCGGUGUACAGGAAGUGAAAACCACCAGCAUCGCCAUCGGCAGCAUCCCUUUCCAGUUUGUUUUCAGAGUGGAUCCUGCAGCUCCGUCCUGCACAGCAGGUGAAUUUCUGCCCAGGUUUCUGCCUCCAACUCCUGAACAUGGAGUUCAGAUCCUCAUCAAUGUUAACCAGUCUCUGAAAAUCAGCAUCAGAUCAGAAGCAAGCCAGGCUGAGAUCACUGAGCUCCUGUUCAGCGGACCGCCAGGUGUAACCAAGAAUUCAUCAGGAUCAGGAAACUUCACCCUAACAUGGAGACCAAUUGCUGGUGACGGAGGACUGAACUAUCCUCUCUGCUUCGUUGUCCAAGCAAAUUCCUCUGGCUCUGUGUACCAGUCUGACCUUCGAUGCGUCUUUGUGACGACUGGGAACACAACUGUUUCCCACCCGAAUACAACUACACCUCCACCAACUACAACUGCAACUACAACCAACCAACCAACCACAACAACUACAGAGAACCAAACCGCUGUCCAAACUACAGCAGCUACAACUCCAACUGCAACUACAACUACAACUACUACUACUCCAAAUACAACUAUAACUACUACUACAGCUCCAACUACUACUACUACACCAAUCCCCACUGUAGCUUCCACAAACCAAACGACUCUGCAAACCAUUGUAACUCCACCUCCAACCACUACAACCCCCUCCACCUUGGCUUCAACCAAAGCAAACGUAACAACCUCGGCUCCAGGACCUCAAUAUAUUAUCGCUCUGAACAUGAAAAUCUCCACCACGCUGUCGAUGAAGGAUAAUUCUGAUUACAUCUUGGCUCUGAUUAAAAGCAAACUGAUUGAGAAAGGGCUGCCUUCGGACAUAAGUCUCCGCCUCCUGAGCAGCGGUCUAGUGGCCGUCACAUCGAGCCCCUAGAGGAACAUCACGAAGAACUGACUGAUCGCUACAGGAAAAUAGAUUCAGAAGACAUAAAUAUCUUUUUUUAGGGGUGAUUUUAAAAAAAUAUAUCUUUUUGUGUUUGUAAAACCAUCAAUAAUUUCUGGUUGUAAGAAAAUAUAAUAAUAUGAUUCCACAUAUAGACAUGAUUUUUCUGUAAUUUCUUGAUGAAUUGUGGAUUUUAUGUUAAAAAAAAUAUGUAUUUGUAUGCAAUAAAAUGAUAAAUAACAUUUGUUUCUGAAACACCAUUGAAAUAUAGCAGGUAAAUAUAGCAAUAUGUUUCCAUAUGCACAUGAAUAUCUGAGAAUACUUUGGUAAUUUUGGGGGUUAAAGAGGAUUUAAUCUAUGAACCUGAGAAAAGCUUGAUCUUAUUCUGCAUGCAAACAUUUACUUCUGAAAAGUUUUGCCAGCUUAUUCAUAAAAUACAGAGUUUCAUUUAAUUAGUUAGUUUUGCCUGGUGAGGUAAAAUGACAGCUAACGAAUACUUAUCAAAGAAGAAUUUCAUCUAGAGACAACUGAAUAUAGAAUGCACUUCAGGAUACAGAGAAAAAUCAGUUACUAGUUGGAGUUGGAGUUGUAUGGUUUAUAGGGUGAGUGCCGGGUUAAGUUGGAACUGAAGCCAGGAGAUCCAGGAAGAAUGGUCGG